AUGGAGCUUGUGCAGCUUGUCGAGGCCUGUUUCCCGCCGGAUGCGCUCGCCCAUGGCGGCCUCGACCUCCUCGUCGCCUUCUCCUCCUUCCCAGACUCCAUGUCCCGUGACCCGGGACGUGGUCCCGCUGGGGAUUGCUGGACCGGGAUGGCCACCGUGAUGAACGGCGGGAGCGCCACGGCAGCGGACUGGCAGCGGUGA